CUGAUGUGAGAGUGUACCUGACACUAGUCCUAGAGGUUCAGCUGCAGAGCCAUGGGUCCUUGGAGGUAUCUGUUUGGGCUGUGCUGGUUCCUGCAGGUUCAUUUUGCCCGAUCGGCUGUUCCUUUGCUUGCAAACUCCGAUUUCUUUAGCCUCAAUCCCACUCAGACUACGAUUACGUUGGAACGGCCGUUCUGCAUGUUUAAAGAUGCCAUUGACGUUUAUCUCUUUGCCAUUGUGAAAGGUGCCACAAACAUCCAAGUUGCUGAUGCCGCCAAGAAGGUUAUUGCCUCUAACUACACUGGAACCCAGGGAGGCCUACUGGGACCAUACCAAGUUGCCAAACUUGACAAUCCAAAAUGUGAAAACAUACAGGCCUCCAACAUUAUGGCUGACCCCAACAAGUACAUUGUGAGAGUGGGGGGCGACGUGAACUGCUUAACGGAUCCAAACUUUAAGGGGAUCUGCAACCCUCCACUUCAAAAUAACUUACAAUACAGGUUUACAUAUGUUUUUACGAUUGGGGAUGUCGUGCAGUACCAGACAGACUGGUCCCCUCCAAUCUCUACAGUCAACGUCAAAUCUUCCGGCACAAUAGACACAUGGCCUGGCAGAAGGAGUGGUGGGAUGAUUGUCCUGACUUCCAUUCUCAGCACUCUGAUGUUCUUCGUUUUCUUCGCUUACAUUGUUGGCUUUGCCUAUUCCAUACUGAAUGGGUCGCAAACAAAGGAAGUAAGCAGGCAUGAUACUCAGACCACUGCCGUCUUGCAGAAAGCUCAGGAACCUGGAGACAUCACAUAUUCUUCAACACUUGCAGGCUCUGAACGCUAUGCGGCUACCCAGCAGGCCUAAGAAUUCAGAAGCUACUCCAAAUCUGUUUUAUCAUUUCCACCUAUGGAAACGUCUAAUUGGGUUCUAGAACGCCAUAAUACAUAGUUUAUGUUGGGGGAAAAAAAUAUGCGGAGGAGGAGGAAUACCUUCCCUGUGUCUUCUCCAGGAAUGUCUCAUUUGUAAAUGCCCAAUCCAGGUUCUUGUUUCGAAUACCUACUCCUCCGCCCAAAUAUCGUAUCUAUUCUGCCGUGAUUUAAUGUGAUGACUGUUAAUCAAUCGUGACUCGUCUGAGGACCGCUUCUCGAGACUAGAGAGAGUUCUGUAAGGAUUAAACGCAAUGAAAUGAUGUCCCACUGAGGUCCUUGCUCUUUUCAUGACCAAUGAGGUGUGCAGUGAACCUUGCAGAUCAUAAAGAUAUUGAGCACAAAGGAAAAAUCACAUCCUUAAUGAUCUACAGACUCUUGAACAUCAACCAACCCCAGAAAUGUUGCCCCAUAGUUUUGAUUUUUUUUUUUCAAUUGUAUAGAAUAGUUUUAUUUGACACACUUAUUUUUGUGCUUCUAUAAUGAAGAAAGGCAUUUCGACACGUGUGUUAUUGUGUUAUGUUUGCACGGAUAUUGCUUUCUUUGCUUUAAUCUUUCAAAUAAAUAUUUUUGGUUUUCGUAA